UCGGCUGGUGGUCGUCGGGGCAGCGGGAUGCAGGCGGUCAGGGUGACCCCGACAUGGGGGAGGCAGCUGCUGAAGUUGGGGGCCCCCGGCCCCCGGGGGCGUCCCGAACUCCGCCUCUUCGCCAACGCCGCCACCGAGGCCGUCGUGGAGAAGUCCGGCUCGGUCUCUUCCACCUCCGUCAGCGACAAGCAGGCGCAGGCCAAGGUGGAGUCGAAAUCCUUCGCGGUGGGCAUGUUCAAAGGGCAGCUGACCACAGACCAGGUCUUCCCGUACCCCUCAGUUCUGAACGAGGAGCAAGUAGGCUUUCUGAAGGAGCUGGUGGGGCCGGUCUCCCGGUUCUUUGAGGAAGUGAAUGACCCAGCCAAGAAUGAUUCGCUGGAGCAGGUGGAGGAGGGCACCAUGCAGGGGCUGAAGGACUUGGGGGCGUUUGGCCUCCAGGUGCCCUCGGAUUUGGGAGGCGUGGGCCUGUGCAACACCCAGUACGCCCGGCUGGUGGAGAUCGUGGGGAUGCAUGACCUGGGCGUGGGCAUCACCCUGGGUGCCCACCAGUCCAUCGGCUUCAAGGGGAUCCUGCUCUUUGGCACAGACGCCCAGAAGAAGAAAUACCUGCCCAAGCUCGCGUCCGGGGAGACUCUGGCGGCCUUCUGCCUGACGGAGCCCGCCAGCGGUUCGGACGCCGCCUCCAUCCGCACUGCGGCCGUGCCCAGCGCCUGUGGCAAAUUUUACACCCUCAACGGCAGCAAGAUCUGGAUCAGUAAUGGAGGCCUGGCCGAGAUCUUCACCGUGUUCGCCAAGACGCCAGUGAAGGACCCCAGCAGCGGGGUGGUCAAGGACAAGAUCACGGCCUUUGUGGUGGAGCGCAGCUUCGGGGGUGUCACUCACGGGCCCCCGGAGAAGAAGAUGGGCAUCAAGGCCUCCAACACGGCGGAGGUUUACUUCGACGGGGUGCGGGUGCCCGCCGAGAACGUGCUGGGCGAGGUGGGCGGCGGCUUCAAGGUGGCCAUGCACAUCCUGAACAACGGGCGGUUCGGCAUGGCCGCCGCUCUGGCCGGCACCAUGAAGGGCAUCAUCGCCAAGGCCGUGGAACACGCGGCCAAUCGCACCCAGUUCGGCGACAAGAUUCACAAGUACGGGCUGAUUCAGGAGAAGCUGGCCCACAUGGCCGUGCUGCAGUACGUGACCGAGUCGAUGGCGUACAUGGUGAGUGCCAACAUGGACCAGGGCUCCAAGGACUUCCAGAUCGAGGCCGCCAUCAGCAAGAUCUUUGGUUCGGAAGCAGCCUGGCUGGUGACGGACGAGUGUAUCCAGAUCAUGGGGGGGAUGGGCUUCAUGAAGGAGACAGGGGUGGAGCGCGUGCUGCGGGACCUGCGCAUCUUCCGCAUCUUCGAGGGGACGAACGACAUCCUGCGACUCUUUGUGGCCUUGCAGGGCUGCCUGGACAAAGGCAAGGAGCUGACCGGGCUGGGCAAGGCCCUGAAGAACCCCUUGGGCAAUGCCGGGCUGCUGCUGGGAGAGGCCGGGAAGCAGCUGAGGAGGCGGGCCGGUCUGGGCAGUGGCCUGAGCCUGUCCGGGGUCGUCCAUCCGGAGCUGAGCCGCAGCGGAGAACAGGCGGUGGCCGCCCUGGAGAGGUUUGCUGUGGUGGUCGAAGCCUUGCUGGUCAAACACAAGAAGGGGAUCGUGGAGGAGCAGUUCCUGUUGAAGCGGCUGGCUGACAGUGCCAUCGAUCUCUACGCCAUGGUCGUGGUGCUGUCUAGGGCUUCGCGCGCCCUGAGCGAAGGCCACGCCACGGCCCAGCACGAGAAGAUGCUGUGCGACACUUGGUGCAUUGAGGCGGCGGCCCGCGUGAGGGAGAACAUGAUGGCCCUGCAGUCCGAUCCCCAACAACAGCAGCUGUUCCGCAACCUGCGCGGCAUCUCCCAGGCGCUGGUGGAGAGGGGCGGCGUGGUCACCGACAACCCCCUGGGUUUCUGAGGGCUCUCACGGCCCCCCGACCCGACCCGUGCCUUCCCCUCCGCCGGCCGGCGGACCCGUGCCUUCACACCGGUGCUGGGGGAGCCCCGGUCCAAUAAAGCUUUCCAAAUGAA